AUGCCAUUCAAGGCGAUUCCAAAGAAGUUGACUGUGGCACUUAUGGCACGAGUCGCUAAAGUAUCCAACUACUAUCCGGCGAAAGGUGGGUUGUCUGCAUACUACAGCCCGCAUAUGAUCAUGCAUCAACGAAUGGUUGAUGCCUCCAACGAAUUUGUCGCUGAGAUUGGUGCAUAUGUCCACAGAUAUGGUCAUGACACCGAGAAUAAUAUGGCUGUUCCAACGAUUGAAGGUGUUUACAUGGGACCCACCGCUGACAUUCAAGAAGGGCACCGUAUCUAUGAUCUGAACACAAUGUGCGAAGCACGACGUGCCAAAAUCAAGGUUCUUCCGAUGACUGACCAAGUCAUCAAGAUUAUCGAAGAAGACGCAAGAUUGGAAGGAGUGACGGAAUUGCGCACCUAUUCCAAGCGUAAUGGCGAGCUAAU